AUGAUUAAAACACUUUCAUUCAUACUACUAGUGUUAUUAUCACUCUAUUCUAUUAUAUCUUUCAUUAGAGCUCAAGAAAGAUUCAUUAAUGUCAAGUAUUCAAUUAAAACUUUGAUUGGAACUGGUGCUGGAAUAUUUAACUUGGAUGGGUUGACUGGAUUGGCUACUAAUAUUAAUUCACCUAUUGGCGUGUUUUAUGAAGAGAGUAGUGGUGAUUUGAAUUUCUCACAUACAUUAAACAAUACAUGUGUUUGUAAAGAUGGAUUUUAUGGUCUUGAUUGUUCACUUCCUAUUUGUUUGAAAGCAGAAAAUGGAAAGUGUGCUAAUGAUACAACAGGUGUAACUGUAGAAAAUAUUGAAACAAGUCAAUUGUCAAACAAAUCAAUUUCUCUUAGUUCAGGAAAUUUGACAGAAAGUUCAGUAGUUUCAGUUUCCUUUCCUUCUGAUUUUUCUCAUUAUAUUUCCAAUCAAACAACCUUCUCAUCAGUUUCUCUACUCACAGCGGUUUCUACAAGCGGAAACAAUUUGACAAACUCAAAUUCUGCUUUCUCCAUAGUUUCGAAUAUAAUCACAAUUUCACUUGCCUUAACAAAUGGAAAAAAGAUUCCAGUUUCUAAUUUGGAAAAUCCUAUACAAAUCUCAUUCCAAAAACCAACAAGUUAUUCUGGAAAUUUGACAUGCAUGUACUUGGACGAAUUGACCAAUGAAUGGAAAUCAGAUGGUGUGAAAACUGUUAUUGAACCAUUAACAGUCAAUUGUCUGACUUCUCAUUUAACUUCCUUCUCGGUAAUUGAUAUUAAUCUCAGGAAGGAAAUUGGAAAACCAAAAGAAUCACCGAGUGUCAGUAAUCAAACAAUUUCACAAAGUCAACUCUCUCAAGAAGCUAUCAUUGCAAUCUCAGUAUCAAUUGCUGGAAGCUUCAUUGUUUGUUGUGUUGUUGCAAUAAUCCUGUCAGCUGUUAUCUGCUUAAUAAGAAGAAAAUCGAAGAAGUAA